AUGGAAGAGGACGAAGAGUCCUCGAAAUCAAUUCCUAGAUGGGUUGAGCUCGAAUAUAUGCAUAUGCGUAAGCUCGCGGGCUCCGAAGGGCACGUCCACUUCACGCACCUCUCACAGUCAUCUUGCAAUGCACUUUUGACGCUUGUCGCGGGAGAGAAAAAUGACACUGGCGUUGCCGACGUUUCUUCUCACACCAUGUCGGUACUGGAGCUCAUGAAGGCCUCGGGAGUGCCCAUGGACAAAGUUUGUCUACUAGACCCCAAAGCCGAGCACGAAUUGUCCCCCGAUGACAGGGACACGUUUUCAUGGUACUUGUUUGGUGUAAGCGACGACCCACCACGCGACCGAACGUCAGAGCUGCGGGUCUUGGGAUUCCCAACUCGGCAUCUGGGACCUGUCCAGAUGACGACAGACACCGCUCUCGGUGUCACCAAACUUGUAGUGCAAGACAAAAUCCCCCUCACGAAAGUUCCCUACAUUGAUCAUCCCACGAUCACUUUCAACGAGAAAGAGAGCGUCGAGAUGCCCUUCCGUAUGUCUGGUUCCUUGGGUGAACCAACAUUGCCUCCGGGGAUGCGCGAUCUCCUCAAGGAAGAUUUGGACAGGGGGUUUGACAUAUAA